ACUGUGCGCCGGUUGCCCAUGCGGCCCUAGGGCUGGGAGCGCGGCGCCGCUCCGCUGCGGGGGAGGCCAUGGCGGAACCUUCCCAGGCCCCAAACCCGGCCCCGGCCGCGCAGCCCCGGCCCCUUCAGUCCCCGGCCCCUGCCCCAACUCCGAAUCCUGCGCCCAGCCCGGCUUCAGCUCCCACUCCGGUUCCUACUCCGGCACCAGCCCCUGCCCCUGCUGCAGCCCCAGCCGGGAGCACAGGGACUGGGGGGGCCGGUGUAGGAAGUGGGGGGCCGGGGAGUGGGGGGGAUCCGGCUCGACCUGGCCUGAGUCAGCAGCAGCGCGCUAGCCAGAGGAAGGCACAAGUCCGGGGACUGCCGCGUGCCAAGAAGCUUGAGAAACUAGGGGUCUUCUCAGCUUGCAAGGCCAAUGAAACCUGCAAGUGUAAUGGCUGGAAAAACCCCAAACCCCCUACCGCACCUCGCAUGGACCUUCAGCAGCCAGCUGCCAACCUGAGUGAGCUGUGUCGUAGCUGUGAGCACCCGUUGGCCGACCAUGUGUCCCACCUGGAGAAUGUGUCAGAGGAUGAGAUUAACCGGCUCUUGGGAAUGGUAGUCGAUGUAGAAAAUCUGUUCAUGUCUGUUCACAAGGAAGAGGACACAGACACCAAACAGGUCUAUUUCUACCUUUUCAAGCUCUUGCGGAAAUGCAUCCUGCAGAUGACCCGACCAGUGGUGGAGGGGUCCCUAGGCAGCCCCCCAUUUGAGAAGCCCAACAUCGAGCAGGGUGUACUGAACUUUGUGCAGUACAAAUUCAGCCACCUGGCCCCCCGCGAGCGCCAGACAAUGUUCGAGCUCUCCAAGAUGUUCCUGCUCUGCCUUAACUACUGGAAGCUGGAGACACCUGCUCAGUUCCGCCAGCGGUCCCAGUCUGAGGAUGUGGCCACCUACAAGGUCAAUUAUACUAGAUGGCUCUGUUACUGCCACGUGCCCCAGAGCUGCGACAGCCUCCCCCGAUACGAGACCACCCAUGUCUUCGGCCGAAGCCUUCUGCGAUCCAUUUUCACGGUCACCCGCCGGCAGCUACUGGAAAAAUUCCGAGUGGAGAAGGACAAGCUGGUGCCUGAGAAGAGGACCCUGAUCCUCACUCACUUCCCCAAGUUCCUGUCCAUGCUCGAGGAGGAGAUCUACGGGGCAAAUUCUCCCAUCUGGGAGUCUGGCUUCACCAUGCCACCCUCGGAGGGGACGCAGCUGGUGCCCCGGACAGCGACGGUCAGUGCAGCGGUUGUCCCCAGCACCCCCAUCUUCAGUCCCACCAUGGGUGGGGGCAGCAACAGCUCCCUGAGCCUAGAUUCCACAGGGGCCGAGCCCAUGCCAGCAGGAGAGAAGAGGAAGCUUCCUGAGAACCUCACCCUGGAGGAUGCUAAGCGCCUCCGUGUGAUGGGUGACAUUCCCAUGGAGCUGGUCAACGAGGUCAUGCUGACCAUCACUGACCCUGCUGCCAUGUUGGGGCCUGAGACAAGCCUACUUUCAGCCAACGCAGCCCGAGAUGAAACAGCUCGCCUAGAAGAGCGUCGAGGCAUUAUCGAAUUCCAUGUCAUUGGCAACUCUCUGACGCCCAAGGCCAACCGGCGGGUGCUGCUCUGGCUUGUGGGGCUGCAGAAUGUCUUCUCCCACCAGUUACCACGAAUGCCCAAGGAAUAUAUUGCCCGCCUCGUCUUUGACCCGAAGCAUAAGACUCUGGCCUUGAUCAAGGAUGGGCGGGUCAUCGGUGGGAUUUGCUUCCGCAUGUUCCCCACUCAGGGCUUCACGGAAAUCGUCUUCUGUGCUGUCACCUCAAAUGAGCAGGUCAAGGGCUAUGGCACGCAUCUGAUGAACCACCUGAAAGAGUACCACAUCAAACACAGCAUCCUUUACUUUCUCACCUAUGCUGACGAAUAUGCCAUCGGCUACUUCAAAAAGCAGGGCUUCUCCAAGGACAUCAAGGUGCCCAAGAGCCGCUACCUGGGCUACAUCAAAGACUAUGAAGGAGCAACACUGAUGGAGUGUGAGCUGAACCCCCGGAUCCCCUACACAGAGCUGUCCCACAUCAUCAAGAAACAAAAAGAGAUCAUCAAGAAGUUGAUUGAGCGCAAACAGGCCCAGAUCCGAAAGGUCUACCCUGGACUCAGCUGCUUCAAGGAAGGAGGGAGGCAGAUCCCUGUGGAGAGCGUCCCUGGCAUUCGAGAGACAGGCUGGAAGCCAUUGGGAAAGGAGAAGGGCAAGGAGCUGAAGGACCCCGACCAGCUCUACACGACCCUCAAAAACCUGCUGGCCCAGAUCAAGUCACACCCCAGUGCCUGGCCCUUCAUGGAACCUGUGAAGAAAUCAGAGGCCCCCGACUACUAUGAGGUUAUCCGCUUCCCCAUUGACUUGAAGACCAUGACAGAACGGUUGCGAAGUCGCUACUAUGUGACCCGGAAGCUCUUUGUAGCUGACCUGCAGCGGGUCAUCGCCAACUGCCGGGAGUACAAUCCCCCAGACAGCGAAUAUUGUCGCUGUGCCAGUGCCCUGGAGAAGUUCUUCUACUUCAAGCUCAAGGAGGGAGGGCUCAUUGACAAGUAGUCCCCAGCUGGGACCUCCAGUGUCUGCCUCAGUCUCAUCAAAUCCAUUGGAGUGUCCUGGCCCUCCCAUCCCUGACUCAGCAGGAAAAACUCCAGCCAUGGGCCUGGAUCUUGCAGACUUUUCAGCCAGCAGGCACUCCCAAGCCUUUGCAACACCUGCAUCCUGCCUUCAUUGCAUCCGACCUUGGGGAGCUGUCUGGUCUGGGACCAGCCCCUUGUAGAAUGUCUGGUGGCCAGGGGGUGGGGGUGAACUGCUCAGCCCUGGUCCUCAUAGCGCUAGGCAGGCUUGCAGUUCUGAGCCUGAUCCAGGUGCCUGUUUCCCAGGGUCAGGGCUAUUCAGUGAUUAGCUUUGGGAUGGAAACAGCCCAGACUGAAGGAACCAUGAGGGGCUGUGACUUGUCCUACACUGUUUCGUCCAUCUGUCCCACAGGGCUGGGGCACAAGGACCAUUCAUUCCUUGGCAUUAAUCCCUUGGAGGGAACAAUAAAGCUUUUUUUUUUUUUUU